AUGGAGUCCAGAUGGAGAUUGGGAACAGAAUUUACGCCACAAGCUUGUCUCGUCGUCCUUGGUGGCUUCUUUGCACAGUUCGCUACUGUAGGAGUCAAUAGCCUGUUUGGAGUCUUUGUGGCAUAUUAUAAAAAAAACGAGCUAUCAAAUGAGACCCAAUUCACCAUCUCCUGGCUGGGAGCCAUUAGCGUUACCUGUGUCUACAGUGGAACAUUCGUGGUCGGCUUGCUUGUUGACAAAUUUGGGGGAAAGAUAAUGAUCUAUAUUGGCUCCGUGGGCAUAGUCCUCGCACUAAUGCUAACCUCUUUGUGCACCAAGUUCUACCAAUUCAUUCUAGCUCAAGGUGUUCUUCUCGGGGUUUCAAUGGCCUUGGUAUUCUGUCCAUCGACUGUGUACGCCAGUCAAUGGUUCAAAAAGAAGACUGGGACUGCAAUGGGUAUAAUCCUCUCUGGUGCUGCUGUUGCCGGAACCGUCUUGCCCAUCGCAAUUGAAAAAAUGUUGAGUAACCCAAAUCUGAAGUUUGAGUGGACGAUGCGAAUCGUGGGAUUCAUAAUCCUUACCCUUCUUUCCGUUACCUGUGUCUUUGUUCGUCCGCCCCCGAACAUGGAUGCCAAACCCAUGAAUGAAGGAGAUCCUAAGAACCUUGCGAGCCAACAGACACCGAAGGCAUUAGCCGAGGAAUGCGAGCAAGUUGAUGCACCUGUGAGCUAUAAACGGGAAGUAGAUUUCUCCGUACUCCGGAAGCCAGCGGUGCAACUCACUUGUCUAGCCCUGUUUGUUGUAUACUUUGGCAUGCUCUCGCCAUUAUUUUACAUCAGUUCGUAUUCUCUUUUCAAAGGGUUUUCGUCCAGUUUGUCUUUCUAUAUCGUUUCCGUCGUCAAUGCCUUCUCUUUCGUUGGUCGCAUCUCUAUGGGAAUGGUUUCGGAUCGUUGUGGACCUUUCAACACCCUUAUAUUCACACUUGCUGCUGCGGGGAUUUUGGUUUUAUGCUGGACGACCGUAAACUCCGUAGCCGGGCUGGUCAUUUUCGCUAUCGCUUAUGGAUUUCUCGAAGGGAGCACUUUUGCCCUUCAGAUAGCGUGUGUCACAUCGCUUUCAACCCCUCAUAAUCGUGGAGUGACCUUCGGAGCUAUCAUGGCAUCCAUAUCAGUCUCUUCUCUGGCUGGGACCCCUAUAAGCGGAGAGCUUGCUGGAAAGUACGGUUACUUGUCCUUGUCGAUUUAUUCCGGUGUGAGCUUUCUCCUGGGAGGUAUUUUAUUGACUGGAGCCCGAAUCGCACAAAACCGCAAGUUAUUCGCAGUCGUUUGA